AUGGAGGCAGAGGCGGAGAACACCAGCUCCCCAUUCCAGGACCUUCCUCUCCUACUGAACGUCACCAAUGUGACGACUUCGGACGAUGAUUCGGGUCCCGGUGUUGGGGGCAUCCUCAUCCCUCUUAUCUACAUGAUUGUUUGCGUAAUCGGUCUGGGUGGGAAUACACUGGUUAUCCACAUUGUCCUGCAUCACUCCAAGAUGGAAUCCGUGACAAACAUGUACAUCCUCAACUUGGCCAUCGCCGAUGAGCUCUUCAUGCUGGGCCUUCCCUUCCUGGCUGUGCAGAACUCCCUGCAGGCGUGGCCGUUCGGGUCGUUCAUGUGCCGCCUAGUGAUGACGGUGGACUCCAUCAACCAGUUCACCAGCAUUUUCUGCCUGACCGUCAUGAGUGUAGACCGCUACGUGGCGGUGGGGCACCCCGUCCACUCGGCCCGGUGGCGCCGGCCCCGCGUCGCCAAGGUAGUCAAUGGCACCGUGUGGGCGCUCUCUUUCUUAGUGGUCCUGCCUGUGGUGGUGUUCGCCAACAUCCAUAAAACAGGCGGAACCUGCAACAUCCUGUGGCCGGCCCCAGCCAAGGUGUGGAGGGCGGCAUUCAUCGUCUACACAUCCACAGUGGGCUUCCUGUGUCCCCUGCUCAUCAUUUGCCUCUGCUACCUGCUCAUCGUCUUCAAGGUGCGGAGCUCGGCCAAGAAGGUCCAUGUUGCCUCUGCCAAGCGCCGCAAAUCGGAGCGCAAGGUAACCCGCAUGGUGGUGAUUGUGGUGGCAGUCUUUGUCUUGUGCUGGUUCCCCUUCUAUGCACUUAACGUGCUCAACCUGCUGGUGGCGCUGCCCGGCGAGUACCAAGGGUUGUACUACUUUGUGGUGGUGCUGGGCUACGCCAACAGCUGCGCCAAUCCCGUGGUCUACGGCUUCAUGUCGGACAACUUCAAGAGGGGUUUCCGUAAAGCCCUCUGUCGUGCCACCCGCAAAGUGGAGAACCAUCACCAAGACCACCAGGACACCCAGAACCAGGUGCCACAGGAGGGCAGCAAGCCGGCACCGGUGCCCCGGGAGAGUCUUAGACGAGGACUCCGUGAAGAUGACGACAUCUCGGAAAUGAUGCAAGUCUUCAGAAACGGACAAAACGGAAUUACAGACUGCCCGUCUCAGAGUCUAGAGCCUUUGUUGGCCGAUCACGAGGCUGCGGAAAUAAGUUCCCAGGGAAAAACAUUGGACCUGAGAAGCACAGAUCUCAGUCGGAGGGACCUCGUGGCCGGCGAGGCAUCGCUAUCGUGA